AUGAAACAAAAUUUUGAGAAAUUAAUCGAUAAUUACGCUGAUCGUUAUCAGAAACUCUGGCUUAAUAAUUUGAGUGACCUAAAACACAGGUGUGGUAAAGAUGAAAAUUUACAAGUUAUCAAAGAUGAGGUGGAAAAACUGUUAAAAGAAGGUGCUACGCAACUCAUAUUAUUGAUUAAAUAUUCAAAAGGGGCUAAUGAUGCUAUGUUGCUAAUUAAUAAAUCCAAAUUCAAGGGAGAGGAGAAACAAAAGCUUAUAGCAGUAUUGAAAGGAUCGGAUGAAAUAACCCCAGAUAAGUGCUUUAUCUUGCCAAUGAUGGUAUAUAGAGAUGUUAUGAAGCAAUUAUUCAGAAGCUAUUGUGCAGAAGGUAUGUUUUUACAUGAUGUAGCGCAUUUCACAGAUAUAUUUAAGAAAAAUGCUGAAAAGCCGGAAAGUAUAGAGUUUCGCGUUAAACAAUAUAUAGAUGAGUGUCAGUCUGUUAAGUUACAAGAGUGGAUGAAAUUACUCAAAGAAGAAGAAAGUUUAUAUAGAUUUACAGAUGGUGAUCAUUCGAUCAGAGAAUUUGUGGAUAAUGUUACGUACCAGAUAGAUAAGGUACUUAGUAGAGUGUUCGGAUCGAGAGAAGCAACAAGAGAAGAAAUGAAACGA